AUGGCAUGGAUCAUCAAAGCCUCGUCAGAUUGCACGAUUGUGCAAAACUGGAGAGAGCAACCUCCUUCUUCUUAUUCUCUUAAGCUUCAUAACUUGUCACAACUCGAGAAUUCGACUGCCUUCUCCGAUCCUAAAUACCAAUCUCGACUUUUCUCCUCUGGUGGACAUAACUGGAGAUUGGUCGUGUAUCCAAAAGGGAACGAAAAGGACAAUGGGAAUGGAUUUGUUUCCAUGUACGUGGAAAUAGACAGUAAAAGCUUGAUGAUAUUCACACCACCAACUGAAGUUUUUCCGGAACUCCGUUUCUUUGUCUACAACAAGAAACAAAACAAGUACCUUAUGAUUCAAGAUGUAGAAGUAAAGCGGUUCAAUGCACUUAAAACGGUGUGGGGAUUGCAGCAAGUUCUUGCAUUUGAUACAUUUAAGAACCCUGAAAAUGGUUACAUCUUCGAAGGAGAUCAAUGUGAGUUUGGUGUUGAUGUCAUUGUUGCUUCACCCGUUACCAAUUGGGAAAUCCUCUCUUUCAAUGAGAAACUCCCUGACCCCAAGUUCUCUUGGACUUUGAAGAAUUUUUCUGAAUUGAAAGAGAAUGUUUACACAUCAAACAUUUUUUUCGAUUGGAGGAAGGAAAUGUUGUAUCCAAAGGGCGAUUCUAGAGCAGAUGCCAAAUGGUUAUCAAUUUUUCUGUAUUUAGCUCCUAGUGAGACACCGAAAGCAGAUGAGAAAUUUUUCGUGCAAGGACCUGUGCGAGUUCUAAACCCACUUGGAUCCAAUCACUCGGCACGCCAAUUGAACGAUUGGCACACCGAAUCAAACUCAGGUUGGGGUUGGUCUAAAUUUUUGUCUUUAGUUGAACUUCGGAAAGUUUAUUUGGAUAAAGAAGAUGCGUUGAAUCUUGAGGUCGAAUUUGAAGUUGUUUCUGCAACCAAAUACUCUACUAUGAUCUAA